AGUCGCAGAGUGUUCUGGUGGUUCUGUUUCUGAGUUCUUGUGUCCGGACCGAGCAGAACCGGGUCGGUAUGGGGAAGUGCGUCGUCUCGGGCUGUCCGAACCGCAUUGUGCCCUACAACCGGUUCGCGCCCCACCGACCCGCGCGGAGGUUCUUCAGGUUCCCCAAAGACCCGGACCGGGUGAAGGUGUGGCUGGCAGCGCUCAGAGAGUCCGACAAGGACCGCUCAGAGCAGCACGUCAUCUGCGAAGACCACUUCCUGCCAGAGGACAUCUCUAAAACUGGCGUCAGCAGCGACGCCAUUCCCCUCAUGCCCCCUUAUCUGGACGGACCAGGGGGCCUGUUCAGUCCCUGGAGCACCGAGGCCCUUCAGGAGGAGGAGCAGUGGCUCGCCGGAGGCUGUGAGGAGGAAGGUGAAGAGGAGGCUGGACCGGAUCCACAAGAGCAGGAUCCAGACGGUGGAGCUGAGAGUCCAGCAGAACCUCAGAAGACCCGUGAUUCUCCUCGAGCUGAAACAUCUGGCAGGAUGAUCAAGGCAGAUACUCCUCUGUCGCUGCUGACUCGAGGUUUCCUGGAGCUCGUGAUGGCGUCUCCUGACAGGGUCGUGGACAUCGAGGCGGUGGCCGCGAGCUUGCUGACCUCGACACGCCGGGUCUACAACAUCGUCAGCGUCCUGCGCGGCCUCAGCAUGGUCCAAAGGAUGGGGACCCGGGUCAAAGGACCCGACUGGAUCUGCAGCUUCCUGUUCAGGAACCCGCUCCGGUUCCUGGUGGCGCUGGAGAAGCUGAAGCAGGUGGAGAACAAGCUGGACCACCUCAUCAGGACCUGCGCGGAGCAGCUCUUCAGCCUGACGGACGACGCGCAGAGCGCUGCGUCGGCGUAUGUGACCCUGGAGGACAUCGCCCGCCUCCGAGACCUCCAGGAGCAGACGGUGAUCGUGGUCAAAGCUCCGCGGGGGACGAAGCUCAACGUGCCGCCGCCCGAUCAGAGGAGCACCCGGAUGCAUCUGAUCUCAGAGAAGAAUCCCAUCGUGGCUCUGACCUGUGAGGUGGGCUCCCAGAACCCCGUGACCUCUGACCCCGCCGCCGACGGCAGGUCCUUCUCCGAGCUGGACAAGAGUCGCAUCAAGAUCUACUCGCUGCAUCGAGUGCCGGAGAUGCAGAGGGCCGAGGUGAGGAAGAAUCAGGUCUGAGGAGAGGAAGAUGAAGUGUCCAGGAUUCAGCUGAGGCGGACGAGGACAGGACGAGUCUAACCAGAGGACGAACUGGAGCUUCAGGAAACUUUAGGAACCUCAAACGAUGGAACCGAGCCGCUGGCCCGGUUUCUUCACGAGGUCCAGAAUCAUCCGUGCUGCAUCGAGGUCUCCAGGUCCUCCUGGGAGAACAUGAUCCAGGACCAGAGGAGACCGGGCUGAUUGGUGGACAUGUGUCCCCUACUAAGGAGACGCUGAACAGAACACUGGGUUUGUUUUGAAUGUUAACGUUCCGGUGGAGGUUCUGCAGGGCCCGGUUCUGGACCACUUUAGAACAAGAAGUGGAGCAUUAGAUUUGAAGAGACGGAACUUAAGGACCAGCAAGAAGUCCUGGCUCUGACCCGUCCAGGUCAACAAACAGAACCGAGUCAGUCUGAAGGUCAUUAACUCGUC